CGGAGCUCAGCUGAUAGACAUGACAGAGUUGCCGAUCAUGUUGAUCUGAUGAUGUAGAAAUCUCUCAAAAUCACUCUCCCUUGUAGUGUAAACAUAAGCUAGAAUGACAUUUGGAAAGAAAAAGAAGGAGGAGGCCUCCACAGAAGUGAACGAACCUCUUCAGAAAGGCGUCAAAAAGAAAGAACAGCCCCAACGGAACCCUGGGGACCCCCCAGAUGGAGGCUGGGGAUGGUUAGUUUGUAUUGGCUCCAGUUGGACCAAUGGGACGGUGUUUGGGGUGAUCAAUACCUUUGGUAUUCUCUUUGUGGAGAUGCUGAAAUUGGUGACGAAGGAAGGGGAGGACCAUGCAGAUGCCAGGUUUAAAACAUCCUGGGUUGGUUCUGUCACAGUGGGAUGUAUCUUCUUCCUGGCACCAGUCAGCAGUAUCCUCGUCGACCGCUUCGGCAUCAGAAAAACAGCAUUUUCCGGUGCAGUGAUCGCAUUCAUUGGGAUGCUUAGCAGCUCAUUCGUCCAAGAAAUAGAACUCCUUUAUCUAACCUAUGGGGUUCUCCUGGGUGCUGGAUGUUCAUUAGUCUACACGCCCUCUUUGAUCAUCCUGGGGCACUAUUUCCAAAGACGUUUAGGCCUUGUGAAUGGUCUGGUGACAUUAGGUAGCGCCAUCUUCACGAUUGCAUUGCCAUUCGUCAUUAAAUUUUUACUCCAAAGCUUAGGACUGAGUAACACGUUACGAGCUCUUAGUAGCUUGCAGUUUAUAAUGAUAUUACUGACACUCACUUGGAAACCAAUUCUUGGAACACAUCAUGACGAACUAGAUCAUAUCUUGUCGACCGAAAGUUUGAGAGUUGCUGUGACUGGCUGUUGCACGUGGACAGGGAAGUUUCUGAACGUCAGUAUUUGGAAGAAUCGAUCCUACGUCAUCUGGGUGACCUCUGUGGCUUUAGCUUUAUUUGGAUAUUUUGUACCGUUUGUGCAUUUGGUUGAAUACUGCAAAGAGAAGGGUCUCGGUGAAAAUGCGGAAGUGUUCAUUAUAUGUAUCGGAGGUGUGUCAGGAAUAUCUCGUCUAAUCUCUGGAAAGCUGGCAGACGUCAAAGGCAUGAACCGAGUCCGUUUACAACAAGUGGCAUUUGUCAUCAUGGGAAUUACAACAAGUUGUAUACCCCUUGCUUCCAAGUUUUGGCAUUUGGUUGUGAUCACGAGUAUCAUGGGUAUAUGUGAUGGGAUAUUUGUGUGCCUGCUUGGUCCGAUUGCCUUUGACAUUGUUGGUCCAAAGGGUGCAUCGCAGGCCGUGGGAUUUCUCCUUGGGAUACUCUCUGUUCCAAUGACUGCAGGCCCACCAAUUGCUGGUAUUCUUCGAGAUCAUUUGGGGACCUACAGCAUACCAUUCUAUGCAGCGGGGGUGCCUCCUAUUAUCGGUGCACUGGUAAUGUUUGCCAUACCAGCUGUUGUACAGCACUACCCACACGUGACAGAAGCGGAGGAGCAUCAGAUCAUGUCAUUGGAAAAUCUGAACAUUGAUUCCCCCACCGUCAUUGCCGCUCCAUAUUUUGGGAGUCAGAUAUGGACAAAGACGGAGUCAGUAAACGUGAAUGUUCCGAUUCAUAAAUCCGCCCCUGAACUGUUUGUGAAUGGAACCGCACCGGGACAGCGCCAUAGAGUCGUCAGUCUGAGCUUGACGCCUACAGUCAUCACGGAUGGUGAAAAUCGUGACCUAGUCGAGAACGGGAAUGAUGAUGAAUCUGCAAUUUGAGUGGAUUUGCUUCAAAAGUCUUUAUAAGGGGACCAUCAGAGUUGACUCUUACUUUGCACUAUCAGCCUCAUGGGUACCCUUUGUUGUCUCUUAUCAAUAAUGACAUUGAAAAUUUCACCAAAGUUAAAGCAAUAUUUCCUAAAAUGAACCUCUUUCUUCCAAUAGGUGUGUGUUUCUUCCAUAUAAGACCGCCCAAGAAAAAUCAUGUGUAAGGUGGUUGUCUUGGGGGCAUUUUGUGGAAGUAUUUGGUGCUUCAAGUUAAACACACCCUUGACCUUAGUCAUUUUUGUGAGGCUUUAUAGUUUAUAGUUAGAUUUUUAAUAGAUUCUAUCAUUUGAGUGUCCACUGUAUGAUUGACAAUGUACCUGGUCCUGGGUACCAUCAUAAUAUUUUUCUUGAAGACGGCAAACUUGCAAAUAAAUACUUGUUGGUUAAUAUUAUCUUCAUUUUCCUCAUUACUCAUUGUUUGUAUUAGUUUAGUGAAAUACUAAAAAUUGUUGGGUUUCUGUUUUGGAUUGGUUGUCUGAGAGUUAUCUGUCUUCAAAUGCUGGAUCUGAAAAUCUUGUACAUAAUAUAGAAAAUGGGGGCAACUUCAGAUUUCAGUCUUCUUGAAUUAUAGAGGACAAUGGAAUCUCCAGUGUCCUUAUUUUUGUAUGUCCAGUGUUUUGGAUAGUUGGUCUAUGUAAGUUCGCAGAUAUUUUGCUAUUAAACUAGGGAAGAAAUUUAGAAAUGUUGAUUUUAUAAAUUGUGAAUGAGCCCUCAGAAAUAAUCAAUGAAUAUCUAACAGAAUUUUCUAUAAUGUUAUUUUAAAUGAAAUGUUUGUUGUCAUGAUAUAAUGUUAAAGUGUUAUAACCUGUGUUCAUGAAAUUAGUACGAAACUGGCAAUAUUUUAUAGUUCUAUUUUACCAUGUUUAUUUUUAGUACAUUUGUAAAUGCCCAGUCCAUUGGGUAUCCAACCAGUGACCCAAAUUGACGACCUUAAGAAAGUAUUGGUGCUGUGUUUGUCUUUCAAUGUCACAAUAUCAUUUGAAAAUCGUUUUAAUUUGUUCGUAUCUUUCAUAGGAAGAUGAACCUAGCAUUCUAUUCUUCAACUACAUGUACUUAUUCUGUAAUGUGCUCUUCCUUCUUUUUAUGCCAACAUUUAAACACUGGUCCACUUAGAAUUUGAUAAUAGAAAGUCUCUAUCUAGAGGGAGUGGAUGGGUGGCACAUGGGAAAGUCUUUUCCUCUGACUCUCUAGGCAUUGGGGACCAUUUACAAGUUCAGGUAAUCUUAUUUUGAGAUUGACUCUGUAAUUUAGAAAAAAUUGAGUGCUAGUUAAUAUUUUAAUAACUAAAUAUGAUAUAAAUAACUUUAAUUUUUACAUCAGAAAGCAUGUGACCUUAUAACAAGCCUUUAGACAUAUUCUAAGGAACAGGUCAAAUUGUAAGAAGCUGACCCUCAUGGUGUUGUGACUGUCUCCCUUGAUUAAGGUGAAGUUUUACUUAAUUGUAGAUACCAAAAGAUCUUGUACUCCCAGCGUGUGAUCAAUCAUCUAUCUGACUAUCAUGUUCAAUAUGUACUGGCACGUGCACAUGUAGUUUGAAUAAAGAUUCAUU